AUGAAGUUUCUGAUAUAUUUGUAUUUCACUAGAAUUAUAUUCCCCCAGAUUUUCAUUGCCGUGACCGCCGCAGUUUCGGCUGCGCCACAGGAUUACAGCCACCCUACUCCAUCUGGAGAUGGAUUUUCACACGGAGGAUUUGCAGACGGUGGUUUAGCUGGAGUCGGAAGUAGUGGUACAGGAGGAUUUGGAGACGAUGGAGUUGGUGGCCCUGUAGGUGGUUGUCUGGAUGGCCAAAUCCUACAUGUCGAUGGAUCAUGCGUAACUCCUGUUAUCACGAGAAAAGUAUAUCUAUACGACGCUCCUGAAGUACCAAAGGGCCCAGGCGGUCCUCCUCCGAGUGUGCCACCACCCAAGGUUGAACAUAACAUCCUGUUCGUACGUGUUCCUGAGGCUGCUCCACCACCUGAACCCAUCAUUGUUCCUCCAGCAAGGCAAGAAAACAUUGUCUAUGUUCUGAAUAAGCAGGACGAGCAAAGUCAACAAGUGAUCGAGGUUACGCCUCAUCCAGCUUCCGACCCAGAAAUCUAUUUCGUGAACUACCAAGAAGGAGAAAACCCAACCCUUCCUCUUGGAGUAGAUCUUGAGACUGCUCUCAGCGUUGCCAGUGCAGCUGGUGGUGACGUCAUCGGAGGUGUCGGAGCGGGUGUUGGGGUUGGUGCCGGAGGAUUAGGCGACGGUGGUGGAGCCGGAGGUAUUGGAGGCGGCUUUGGAGGCACUGGAGCAGCCGGUGCCGGAGGAUUUGGAGGAGCUGGAGUAGGAGGAACUGGAGGUUUUGGAGGAAUUGGAGUAGGAGGAAAUGGAGGAUUCGGAGGAGCUGUGGCAGGAGGUAAUGGAGGAUUCGGAGGUGGUAUUGAAGGUGUGGAUGGAGGAAAUGUCGGUUUCGGCGCAAAUGGUGGCAGUCCGUCAAACCUAUACACCAGCCCUUAAGA